AUGAGAUAUUUUCUUUCUUUCUUUCUUUCUUUUAAUUCUUUCUUUUUUUUUCGCAUCAGAUAUUUUCUUUCUUUCUUUCUUUCUUUUAAUUCUUUCUUUUUUUUCGCAUCAGAUAUUUUCUUUCUUUCUUUCAUAUUUUCUUUCUUUCUUUCUUUCUUUCUUUUAAUUCUUUCUUUUUUUUCGCAUCAGAUAUUUUCUUUCUUUCUUUCUUUUAAUUCUUUCUUUUUUUCGCAUCAGAUAUUUUCUUUCUUUCUUUCUUUCUUUCUUUUAAUUCUUUCUUUAUUUUUCGCAUCAGAUAUUUUCUUUCUUUAUUUCUUUCUUUUAAUUCUUUCUUUUUUUUCGCAUCAGAUAUUUUCUUUCUUUCUUUCUUUCUUUCUUUUAAUUCUUUCUUUUUUUUUCGCAUCAGAUAUUUUCUUUCUUUCUUUCUUUCUUUUAAUUCUUUCUUUUUUUUCGCAUCAGAUAUUUUCUUUCUUUCUUUUAAUUCUUUCUUUUUUCGCAUCAGAUAUUUUCUUUCUUUCUUUUUCUUUCUUUUAA